AUGAUGUUCGUGUCCCCUUCAGAGAACAGGUUUCAGCAGACAAAUAUAGCUCUUAGAAAUCAGCAGGCCUCCAUACAGAAUUUGGAGAAUCAGAUAGGCCAGAUUUCUAAGAUGCUGGCUGAGAGACAGUCAGGGAUGCUUCCCAGUACCAUAGAGUCAAACCCGAGGGAGCAUGUCAAGGCUAUCACCUUGAGAUCAGGUAAGCAGUUAGCUAGUUCUUUACCUAUAGCUGAUGAUGACGUUAUUGUGCAGGAUGAGCCAGCUAGGAAGGAGCCAGAGCCUGAGAUCAUAGAGCUUGUGCGAAUUGAGGACAAGAUGAAGAGUCUUGUGAGGAAAUACCAGCCUCCAAUUCCAUAUCCUGCCAGGUUGAAGCAAGAAAAGCUGAGGAUUAACCUACCUUUUAUUGAGGCUAUAUCGCAGAUGCCUAGGUAUGCGAGGUUCCUGAAAGAGAUUCUAAGCAACAAGAGGAAGUUGGAGGACUUGGGACUUGUGGCAUUAAAUGAGGAGUGCUCAGCCAUUUUUCAAAACAAGCUGCCAGUAAAGAGGUGUGAUCUAGAGAGUUUCACUGUUCCCUGUAUUAUUAGUGAUUUGCAUGUUAGUGAUGCUUUAGCUGAUUUAGGAGCUAGCAUCAAUCUAAUGCCUAGCAGUUUGUUUAAGAAAUUAGGUUUGAGUGAGCCUAAACCUACUAGAAUGAACAUACAGUUAGCAUAUAGGACUGUGAAAUAUCAUAGGGAAUAG